UAACAAUUUUGUCUAGCCUUUAGUCCGUAACAGGCACUGGUAGACUAGCAGCUGAUAAUGAUAGUAAAGGUAGAAUUAAGAAAAAAAUCACACUAGCAAGGCCCACGUUAAUAGAGACCUAUAUGUUGCUAAGGAAGGGAUUGAGAAUAUUCAACAACUUAAAAGAGUUAAUUGUACUCUCUUGAUCAAAUAUUUCAGGCCACGGAAUUGAAGAGCAACAAAGUCAGCACCAACAGAGUCGGCACCAUCUAACUCCCUUGAUCAGACAUUCAGAGUAUAUCAAAACUUUGAAAUAUAAUAUAGUUACAGGGAAUUAUAAUUUCAGAUUCCUGCCCUUCCCUACAUUAGAGAGGCAUAUCAUAUCAUAGGAUAAGAUUUUAUUAUCAGCAAGUAUUCGCCUUCUUAGCCUUCUCCUAUACCUGCUCCUCAUAAGUCUUCGUUACUUGGAUAAAUAAUACAGUAUUAUUAUCAUUACAUCUUGUUGGUAGAAACUAGAAACCCUUAUGCUAGAGUCAGGCCAGAAUAUAAAAACAAAGAUCAAUCUCAUCAAACAAAUUAAACUAAAGUAGUGUCAGAACCUUCAACCUUAAGCUCGUCUAUGGAAAUCACAAGUAUAACAUCCCCUAGCAGGGCCGAUGACAGCGAUGCCAAUGCCACUGCAAAAGCCGCCACCAGCCCUGUAUCAGUUGACCAUCAUCACUACUCUCGUUUUGAUUCCAUACACAACAGCAAUUAUGAUCGUGCUGCUCCUGCAGUUGCGGAUGGUUAUUUUGGGGAUGUGAGCGAGAUCAUUGAGAUAAUGGAGGAAGAUGAAGAGAUUCUUGUUGCAUCAUCUUCAUCAUCACAUCAAAAAAAUAAUAAUCUUAAUAAAAAUAAAACUAGCUUUAUUGGGAGAUCAGGAGGGCAGCAGUUGACUACUAUCAGUGAAGGUGGCAUAAUAACUAAUACCACAAGUUUGUUCUCUAUUGAUAUCCACAAUAACAGUGGAAGAUCAUCUGAUGAUGUGGUAUAUGUUGCGGUGGGCAAGAGUGAAUCAAGCAAUGGUGCGCUUCUAUGGACCCUCAAGCAUUCUGUUCAUCCUGGGACUACUCUUGUUUAUCUCAUUCACGUCUUCUCUGACCUCAAAUUCAUUCCAAGCCCUUUUGGAGGAGGGGUGGUACCAAAGACUCAAGUGAGUCCAGACCUUGUGGAGAGUUACAUGGUGGAGGAUACCAGGAAGAGGCGGGGAUUACUUACCAAGUACAUCGAUAUCUGCACUCCACAUCGGGUACAGGUAGAGACUAUACUGAUCGAGAGUGAUUUCGUGGCAAAUGCUAUUGUGGAGUUGAUUUCUGUUCUCAACAUUCGCCAAUUGGUUGUAGGAAUGUCCAAGUCCAACUUGAGGAAACUGAAAGCAGGAAAAGGAAGUGCGACAGUAGCAGAUCAGAUAAGGCAAAAUGCAGAUGAGGGGUGCGAGCUCACAAUCGUAUGUCAAGGCAAAAAACUGAACAUGUCGGAGUAUUAUCGAACUUCUGAAGAUCAUCUGCAUUCAAAUACCACUUCUUCUCCAAUAGCUGCCUCUAGUGACGGCCGUAAUCAAUUUGACGAGCAGCAACAGCAGCCUCCUACGUCCCACAGCUCCUUUUCUUGUUGCUUUAAAGGUUGAAUCUUUUAUUUACGUAGGAGGGUGAAUACAACAAGCGGGGAUAGCUCAGUUGGGAGAGCGUCAGACUGAAGAUCUGAAGGUCGCGUGUUCGAUCCACGCUCACCGCAUUUUUUCAUUAUUAUUAUUUUUUGCAAAUAUGACCUUCCUGUUUCCCACUUGGCCGCCGUUCCACCCCGAGAGUUGUGACUUGUAAAGAUUAUAUGCAACCUCACACUUGAGUAGUUCACUUCACUUUUAAAGUUGUUGUAUCUGUACUCUGCUGCGGAGUACUAUUGUAUAUCUGGACCAACAUACAAUAAUUCCAUUUAGGAGACAUUUAAUCCGACAAAGAUGCAAUAAUAAUAUCAAGUAAUAUGUACUUAUUUAAAU